AUGGACUCAAAACCCAUUGACGUCGGGAACCAAAGCUACGAAGAUGCCCGGGAUAUGGUGGCCUUGGGCCAUACAGAAGAACUUACAAGAAAGUUCUCGCCGUGGAGCAUGCUCGCCCUCGCUUUCUCGAUUCUGGGCACUUAUGGCACAUUCGCCCAAGACCUGGCAUCUGGAUUGAACAAUGGCGGUCCUAUCACAAUCUUAUGGGGUCUUGUGCUUGUCUUUGUGUGUAACCUCUGCGUUGCACUUAGCUUGGGCGAGCUAUGCAGCGCUAUGCCUACUGCUCUUGGUCAGGCUUACUGGAUGCACUCGCUAUGGCAUACACCAACAGGGAGAUUUGCGUCAUACAUGUGUGCCUGGAUCAACACUUUUGGCUGGUGGACACUCAAUGCUUCGCUCGUGGCCUUUGCAACCAACUUUCUGCUUGGUAUCAAGCUCAUGUACGAUCCGGACUGGAAGGGUGCUGGAACAGGAUGGGUCGAAUUCCUGGUAUAUUUGGGCAUCACGGUCGUGUUUACAGGCUUCAAUCUGGUGGCUUGCAGAAACGACAAGAUCUUGCCUUGGUUCAACAACAUUGUCGGUAUCCAGUUCGCUGCCCUCUUCUUCAUCCUCAGUCUCGCCUUGCUCAUUUCUGUCGGCACCAAGCAAGGGCUCGAGUUUCAACCACCAUCUUUUGCAUUUGGUGCAUGGAUCAACGAGACGGGAUGGCCAUCGGGAGUGGUCUGGUUUACUGGUCUCGUUCAAGCGGCCUAUGGAUUGACAGCCUUUGACUCGCUCGUCCAAGACUGCGUUGGCCUCGAAGGUGCCGUCGUGUUGAUGGUGCUCUUCACAAUGAACAGCUUGGGUCAGGGCAUGUCCAUCACCACAACCGGUAGCCGCUUGACCUGGGGCUUUGCUCGUGACAACGGUUUACCUUUCUCGAAAUACAUCAAGAGGGUCAACAAGAAGUGGAAGGUUCCGCCACAGGCCUUGCUGGUCCAAGGUGUGCUCAUGGGUCUGGUUGGCCUUUUGUAUCUGUUCGCAAACACGGUGCUUGAGGCCAUUCUGAGUGUCGCCACCAUCGCUUUGACAGUCUCUUACGCCAUGCCCAUCUUGACUCUGCUGCUUGUGGGUUGCAACAAAUUGCCCGCUGGCGGGCAAUUCGGACUCGGCAAAUAUGGAGCUGUGAUCAAUUGGAUCAGUGUGGUCUACUGUGUCGUUACAACGAUCUUCUUCUUCUUCCCUGGUGGACCCAAUCCAUCAGGGGCAGAUAUGAACUACGCAAUUGCCGUAUUUGGCGUCAUGCUUGUCGUCUCCAUUGUCUUCUGGAUCAUCAAGGGUCGCAAGACAUACUUACGCGUUGAGCCGUCUGAAGAGAUUGUACUAGAAGCGCUGCACCUAGAGGAUAGCUAUACAGAAGUCCCUGAACCGUCACGAGGCGAUGUAAAA